UUUAACCGUUCUGCUAUAUUAUUGUGCACACAAAUCACCAGUUUAUAUGUUUUUCUUUAUGUUCUUAAAAAAUCGGACUUGCGCGUAAUAUGAAAUAUACGUACUUUACUUUAUUCUUUGUGUAAUCCUAAUAUUUUUUUGUAGGUUAUAUUACGAUUGUUCUUUGCGUUAUUAUUCCGAUAUUCGAGAAAAAAAAUCUGGCCGUUAUGUUUGCCUUUUUAGCUGCGAUCUUGUGCUUUUCCGCGUUGGGUAGUGGAAGAGUGGUGCACGGUCAGAAUGCCAAAGGAUCGCGCUUCAUUUGUACCGCGAUCCCUGUAGAUGCUGAUCCAAGCUGCCCCAUACCUGCUGUGCCGCUGCAAAGUUCAAGUGUCCAGGAGGAAGAUCUAAAAAACACCGUCAUUCAACUUCGAGAGACCAUUCUGCACCAGAAGGAGACUAUUGUCGAUCAAGUAGGAACAAUAAAGGAGCUUACUUCCAAACUUUCCCGAUGCGAAUCGGCCCCUGGAGAAUCGUUUCUGGGUGGGAAAUACAGGAAUAAAGGUUCAUGGAGGAAAGACGGUACGAAUACUAUGGGUGACCUUCCACGAGAUCCCAGUGAGACCAUUGAUCACCUCGGAAAGACCAUGCAAAAUCUAAGGAGCCGGUUGGAAAACUUGGAGCAGCAGCAUAUGCGCGCCAAUCUGUCUGGCAUAUCUUUCCCUAAUGAACUGCGAGACCUGCUGCAGCGUCGACUGGGAGUGCUGGAGAACCAGCUCCUGAAGAAAGUGACGGAGUUGGAGGAGGAGAAGACUCAGCUGUACAACGAGACAGCCGCCCACCGGCACCGUACGGAGAGCACCCUCAGCUCUCUGCUGGAGAGGAUCACCGAGUUGGAGAAAGGAAGCAGCCCGUUUAAGUCCCCAGAGGGUUUCAAGGUGACCCUCCCCCUGCGAACUAACUACCUGUAUGGCCGCGUCAAGAAGAGCUUACCGGAGAUGUACGCUUUCACCGUGUGCAUGUGGCUGAAAUCGAGCGCCAACCCCGGCAUCGGGACCCCAUUCUCCUACGGCGUACCAGGGCAAGCCAAUGAGAUUGUGCUGAUCGAAUGGGGAAAUAACCCAAUAGAGCUGCUCAUCAAUGACAAGGUGGCCCAGCUGCCGCUGUCCGUCAGAGAUGGGCAGUGGCACCACAUCUGCAUCACCUGGACCACCAGAGAUGGCCUCUGGGAGGCGUACCAGGAUGGGGAGAAGCUGGGAUCUGGGGAGAACCUGGCCCCAUGGCACCCGAUAAAGCCCGGCGGGGUCAUUAUUCUGGGUCAGGAGCAGGACACCGUAGGAGGACGAUUCGAUGCCACUCAGGCCUUUGUCGGGGAGAUAACCCAUUUCAAUAUGUGGGAUCGUGUGUUACGCCCCAUAGACAUCAUGAAUAUGGCCAACUGCUCCUCGUACAUGCCGGGCAACAUCGUGCCCUGGGUCGAUGACAAUGUGGAGAUCUUCGGUGGUGCUACCAAGGUAGCCCUGGAAAUAUGUGAGGAUCAAUUACUGGGCUCCUAGAAGCCCCCCCUGCAGAUGGAUGGAAGCAGUCACCCCAGCCUUCUUUCUGUGAGGCCCAGCAGUCGGCGGUUUAUAAAGAUACACACUUGUGGUUUGUGGUCAGUAGUGAAGAGUUAUCAUCAAGUACUGGGGACCGACUGAGGCAAAAGGUUUUCACUGUGCAUUUCUGUUCUGGACUCGGCAUUCCUGUCAGCCAUUGUUCUGCUUCUUGGCACCUUUCUGUAUAUUUUUUUGUAAAUUACAUUGUUUGGUUAAUCCAGAAUGACAUUAUUGUCUUACAAACGUAUGUUUUACCCCUUUGACCACCCAGUGUUUGACUAAAGCACCCAACCAGGUUACCUGAUUUGUUCAAAAGGGCCAUACCCAAGGACUUAUGGGCACAGUUCUGGCUACGCUAAAAUCGAUGCCCAAACUGAAAAGCUGAAGGGGUUUGUAAGUGGAUGCUGGUCCAAAAGUUUAGCAUUUUUAGUUUGUGUAAUUGGAACCCUUUGUUCCCUCCCUAUUUGCUAGUGAUUCUGAAAGUUAAAGCUUCAGUUCAUGAAAAUUUCACUACACACCGGUUCCCUCUGUCCAUACCUGUGCACUCACAGUGCUAAAUGAAGACACACCACUACAGAAAAAAAGUUACGAGAUCUUUCCGCAUCAAGUAAAUGUUACCAGAGGGGAGACAGCAAAGAGAAGCAGUUCAUAAAACAGGGAAGUGGGACGAGGAUACUGCCGGCGUGGUCGUGCUUGGUGACGGGUGAUGCUCAUACUUACAGACGGGGAGUUAGGAUUUGGCGAUGGGUAUGUUGCAUUUCUCUGUCAUCUUGGUCAAAGGUAUAAAGAUUAGUGCACUGAGUAGCUGGGCUCUUGCGGUCUUACACUAAUGUCACUCUCCAAGAGCUGCCGGCCGGAGUAGAUAUGACUUGGGCUUGCUGAGGAGAAUACGAAAGUCAGCAUGGUCCCGAUGUGAGCUGGCAGGCGGCGGGUUUUAACAUUCUGGGCUGCGCAUUACUGUACUCGUCCGCUUAUAGAUGCACUGUGGCCAAGGACUCAGCAAGAAGAUGCUUUGAAAAUAUGUGUCAUUUUCAAAAUGUUGACUUUGUUUGGGUGCUUUGCAUAUUUCACCUCAUUUUUCAGUCUUUGAUCUAACGUUUAAGUCCUGUGAAUAUGGUGGAUUUUCGUUUCUCUCGGUUGAUCUGUUUUGACUUAUAAGAUCAAGGCAACAAAAGAUUUUUUUCUGAAUUUGAGUCCAUCCCUCCACAUCCUCCAAACUCAUGUUUGGAACCUGGUAUUCAGAAUAUCAACCAAGGAUUUAAUUGAGUCAUUUUGAUGAUUGUCUUUAGUCAUUCGAGAGAAAACCUGGAAGUUACGAACUCUAAUGGGGUAAUUAACAUAAUGUUAAUAAUGUUGACAAAUGCGUUGCUAAGAUUUGCUUAAUCGUUUUAAGAAUCAGUGUGACUUCUCUCCAGUUAUUCAGGAGUGUAUAUAAUGGAAAAUGCCUUACCUGAUGAACCUGCACUGCAUUCAUCCCUUUCAAGUUAUUUUUCCGCAAAUUUUGACAUUGUGUCUUUUGGUCCUUCUUGUAAUGACCUUUGGAUGAUGUAGGCGCUUAUAAGAAAAAAACGGUAUUGUUUAUAAGCAUGACAAUCCAAGGCUGGGAGUUAUAAGGAAAUUGCCGAUUAUAAAACACAGCGGUAAGUAAGCUAACUUAGCUAUGCUGUAAGUGCGCUGAGCUGAUAUUGAAAUGUAUAUUACCAAUACAAUAUACUGAAAUUUCUGUUUAACUUGAAGUCUUUUAUCUCAGCUAUAUGUAGCCCCUUAUCUGACUAACCCGGAAACCACAAAACAAUUAAUGGCCCUUAGUUAAAUAUCCCUGCUUUUAUAAAAAUGACGUGAAUAUGUUGGUAUUUAAUUUUAUCCGGCUCCCUUUUCUAUUUGAUGCCAAAUGUGACCCGUGCUGGCAAAAUGAGUCGGAAUGAGGAAAUUUUCAAAAUGGAGUUAUUCUUAUUUUUAGAUUGAUUUACAUCCGUUAGAAGUUGUUUACAUCAACAGGGCUUUAUAAAAUCGAGUUCUAUUGGUUCAGAGUGACAUCAUUGGAAAUUCUAUACAAAUUUUUAGAACGUAGGUGAGCCUCGCUUCACGGUGAUACCAGACAAUCGGUGGGGGGAUUCCCAGUCAUGCCGCAAGUGAGUGGAGAAAAACAUGGAUUUUCUAAGAAAAUUUAAGAUAAAGGACUAAUUUCUGAAGACAAAGCCCGUACAAAACAUUCAAAUUAUUGUGGUUCAAGGUAUUUAUUUGCUAUUUUGAUUAUUGGGAUCGAUAGAUGAUGACUUAAUGGACUAAUUUUUUGGAAAAUCUCAAUUUAGAUGAAAAUUACCUUUGACAUUUUUGACUCUAGCUCAUAAUUAGCCUGUGCGCAUUCCGACUCGUUUUGCCAGCACGGGUCACAGAUGUCGCGUUUCUAUCUUCUAUUUUCCUGACAUGUUCUGAUAAUGUAUCUUUUGUAAUCUGUUCCACACCGUUUUUCACAAAUUGUACCGUAAACAGAGAAUAGAGAAUUCACUGUGCGGACAUUUACCUGUUAGAUAAUUCUCUUGGCCUCCUUAUUCCUCAGCAUGACUGAAGUCUUUAGCCGAUGGGCAUCUCAAGCAUUGACCCCCAAGCAAAUGCUCUUCCUUGGCAGUUUCAGGGUCAGUUCCCACAUCUCUUUGUUGCAAAUGCACAGCCACUGAUUUCCAUCAGCCAAUGGAAUGCCAGGGAGACGUGAAAGUAGAUGGGUUACAGUGCUUGCCCUUUAAAAUGUUCCGGGCCCAUUGUCAGUGCUUGACUUUCAACCACUGCGUGCAGCAGCCAGACUCAUCACCACACAUGAUUAUCUAGCUGGUGUUCUAUAGCUUUGCACCACUACACAGUAGCCCUGCUCAUCACGAACAGCCCUAUUAUUCUGUGGUCAUAACAAUGUAAUCUACCAGUAAUUCAUUACAGAACAUUAGGAUUCCCUGGUGACAGUGGUGUGCCUCAUAAAACCGGCAUUAUCUUCAUGUGUUUUGAAAGACUUAAUUCAAAUUUAUUAUACUGCAAGGUACAACACAUUGUUAUCCCUUAUUUAUAGAUAUUCCAACAUGGUUUAUACCCACAUGUUAGCUGAAUAGGCUUCUGUCCCUAUCUGUGCCAAAUGCUAUUUCAGUGUUUGUUUGACUCAAAUGCACCAUUUUGCCAAUGAUGAGAUUAUGAUAUGGAAACUGUAUUAUAUUGUCUAUAUAAUUGGUUUACUGGAGAUUUGGAGGAUGGUGACGCCUGUCUCUUUUUUGGAAGAAUGUUAAUUUGAAAGCUUGGCUGAAGAGUUAAUUAAUUUUCCCUGGAUUGAGAUGUGGCCCUUUUGUAGAAAUGUGUUCCAGCCACCCACAAUAAA